UAGGGUUUUGAGCCACCUAUAUAUAAUGCCACGGGACUACCCUAACCCUCCAUUUGCGGUUGCAGUCUCUCUUCUCGUCUUGGUAUUUUUAGAUCCGUAUAUUGGGAGCAUUUAAACAACCAGCCAAGAUGCAGAACGAAGAGGGACAAAACAUGGAUCUUUACAUCCCUAGGAAGUGCUCUGCCACUAAUAGGCUCAUCACUUCAAAGGAUCAUGCAUCAGUCCAGAUUAACAUUGGGCAUUUAGAUGAGAGUGGAACUUACACCGGUCAAUUUACUACCUUUGCUCUUUGCGGCUUUGUCCGGGCUCAGGGAGAUGCUGACAGUGCCCUUGAUAGGCUCUGGCAAAAGAAGAAAGCCGAAGUCCGGCAACAGUAGUUCCAGUCUCUUUAAACAUUUUCCUUCAUGAUAGAAGGUGGGGAGAUAACAUGGCUGCAAUCGCAAUUUCUAUGGACUUUGUUUUGCAAUGGCUUUUUUUCAUUUCCAAGUACUAUUGUUGAAGUUGAAUAUUGGCCUUGUUGGUUGAUUUUAGCAUAUUCUGUGAACUGAGUUCAUGGUCAUUAUUGGAUCUAUGUAACCUUGCACUGUUAGGGUUUUUUGUUCUUCAGUGGGCAUUUAAA